AUGUGCUGCGGGCAGGAACUCCACCAAGUGGCCGCUAACAUCAAGGCCAUCAAAAACCUCAAAGUCAGCGUCCCACACAAACAAGUCGACUUUGACGUCAACCUGAGUCUCGCGUCGGCUGCCGAUGUGAUCGAACUGAUUCAAAGGUCCACUACCUGGAAAUGUGAGCGGGUUAUCGAAGGAGCGUGUAGCCUCGACAUUGUCCCUAACAAUCCGACCGAGUUUGUCUCUAAACCAUUGCCGAUGGGAGUGUCUCAAGCAUCAGCCAUCGACAAGAAGAUGGUCAGGAUAUACUACGAUCCUAAAGUCGUUGGCGCCAGAGAUUUGGUGCAGAUUGGUUUCGGGGCUCCUUUGACGCUCGCAAAAAGCUCAGUCGACCAAAACAUCGCCGCUGGCUGGAAAAACGUUCGUCAUUUGUUCGGUAUGACGAUGCUCUCUUGGAUAUUGACCAUUCCUGUUAUUGUCUUGGCGUAUCUUCCACAAUCUGGAAAGCGGAUGAUUUGUCCGCUGCUCAAGUCAGGGGCCAUCAACAUGGAGUUCCUGGUUGUGCUCAGCACCACUACAGCAUACAUCUUUUCUGUGGUGUCUUUUGCCCUUCUGGUAUCCGGACAUCCACUGUCGACAGGGCAGUUCUUCGAGACAAGCACUCUGCUUGUGACUCUCAUCAUGGUCGGUCGCUUCCUUGCCGCUUACGCGCAGCACAAGGCUGUUGCCUCGGUCUCCAAGGUCAAGUCUCUCCAAUCCCACACCGCCCUUCUUGUUGACGAAGACGGAGGCAGCGAGAAGGAGAUUGACGCACGACUGCUUCAGUAUGGGGACUACUUCAAGGUUAUUCCAGGAGCUAAGAUCCCCACCGACGGCAUUAUUGUGGAGGGUGAUUCGGAGGUGGACGAGUCCAUGAUCACUGGCGAGUCUCGGCCGGUCGUCAAAUCCGAAGGAUCUGCGGUUAUUUCAGGGACAGUCAACGGCUCAGGGGCGCUCCGAGUGCGCCUCACAACUGUUCCCGGCAACAACACCAUCAGCAUCAUUAUGACUAUGGUGCACAAAGCAAAAGUGGCCAAGACCAAAAUUGAGGGCAUUGCCGAUCGCGUCGCUGGUUAUCUUGUUCGCGCUGUUCUCUGUUUGACAGGCAUCACCCUGAUCAUAUGGUGCAUUGUUGGUGUCAAGGUACACAAACUUCGUGCUGCCGAGGCCAUCGUUCAAGCGCUCACUUAUGCUAUCACUGUUCUCAUCGUCUCUUGCCCUUGCGCCAUUGGACUGGCAGUUCCAAUGGUCAAUACCAUGGUCAGCGGCUUGGCAGGUGACAGAGGGAUUCUGUUCAAGUCAUUAGGUGCCGUGGAAAUUGCCCGCACAACAUCCCACGUCGUGCUUGACAAAACAGGCACUCUCACCAAGGGGCAACUUGACGUCCAGGAUGUGCGUUUCAUGGAGAGCGACUCCAAUAUCUCCAAGUCCUUACUACUUGGUCUGCUGCAUGACAUCAAACAUCCAGUCGCCGCCUCAGUGUCUACCUAUCUCCUCUUCAUGGGAGUAACGCCUGAAGUCAUCAGUCACCAAAAAGCUCUUCCAGGUAGAGGGGUCGAAGGCCACUCACCAUCUGGCCAAGUACUCCGAGCUGGAAAUUCACGCUGGCUGGGUCUCGAGUCCGAUCCCUCUGUCCAACACAUAUUCUCUCAAGGCCACACCGCCUUCUGCUUCACCAUCGACGGUUGCCUAGCAGCCAUCUUCGGUCUCCACGACACUCUCCGUCCCGAAGCACCAUCCGUCAUCGCCCAACUCCGCCAACGAGGCAUCACCAUCCACGUCAUCUCCGGCGACGACGACCUCGCCGUCCGUUCCGUCGCCCGCCAACUCGACAUUCCCGAGCACAACAUCCGCUCCCGCUGCAAACCCGAAGAAAAAGAAGCCUACAUCAAACACCUCCUCAUCCCACCACUUUCGGCCCGUACCCACUCCCUCUUCGGCAUCUACCUCACUCCAAAACUUACCAGACCACCCGCCGUCCUCUUCUGCGGCGACGGCACCAACGACGCCAUCGCCCUUGCCCGGGCCACCAUCGGCGUGCACAUGGCGGAAUCCAACGGGCAAGCCACAGAUGUAGCCGAGGCGGCCGCGGACGUGGUUUUCAUCCGAUCUAAUCUUACCGGCAUUCUAACGUUGAUCGAGAUGAGCGAAAAGGCAAUGCGCAGGAUCAAGUUCAACUUUGGCUGGAGCUUUGUGUACAAUGUCUUUGCGAUCUUGUUGGCUGGGGGAUUGUUUGAGUCCUUAGGAGGUGAUGGAAAGGGGAUCAGGAUACCACCACAGUAUGCGGGAUUGGGGGAGUUGGUGAGCAUAUUGCCGGUUCUAGGGGGCAGUCUGACGUUGAGGUGGGCGAGGUUUGCGGGCAAGGACGCCAUGCCGCCAAUCAAAGCCCCGCCCAAUCUCCCCGAACUCGUCCGGACAGCCUUCAACAAGGCGCGCGCCUCGGGCGAUGUCAACUUCUAUCCCACCCAAGUAACCUUGGUGGACGUCAGUUCUAUUCCUUUCCAGCUCCGCUUCUCCCCCUCCCUAGCCAACAAGCCCAAAGCGCCCAAACCCGUCGGGAUAAUCGACCACCGCGCUCCUUCGCCGCCGUCUACUACGUCUGUCGGUACCGUGUCACCUGCCCCGGAAAAGAAACUAGUCUUCGACCCCUUCGACAACCCAUCUCCCCCAAUGCUCGUCUGCCCACUCCCUCCCUACCAUAACCUCGUGCUGAACAAAUUCGCCAUCGUGCCCGAACACUUCAUUUUGACGACUACCGAGUAUAAGGAGCAGACGCAUUUGUUGGAAAGGGAAGAUUUGGAGGCGACGAGGGCGUGCAUAGAAGCCUACCAACAGUACACUGGCGAAGAAGGGGGAAGGGGGGACAAGGAGGAAACCAAGCUAUACGCCUUCUUCAACUGCGGUGAACACUCCGGGGCAAGCCAGCCGCAUAGGCAUUUACAGCUGUUGGUUGUGGACAAGAUGAGGGAGGGGUUGGAGGGCUUGGAAACAACGAGAGAAGGGAGGUGGGAAGUUCUAGCGCAGCGGUUGAUCGACGACACCAAGGAAACAAUAACCCAAAAACUACCGUUCAAGACUUUCGCUGAGCGUUUGACGCCGGGAAUGUCGGGGGAGGAACUACACGCCCUUUACCUCCGGUUAUACAGACGUGCUCGUGACGCCGUCCGGCAACAUCAUCAGCAGUCUUCCCACCCAUCACCAGCAUCGCCAGGAUCUCAACAAUCAUCCCAACAACCGGAAGACCAAAGCAACGGAGCGGAUGAGAUACAAACUGGCGGCGAAGCAACGAUAUCCUAUAACCUAGCCAUGACACGGGGCGUGAUGGUUAUUGUUCCUCGGUUGGCUGAGGGGUCGGCUAUUGUUGAGAGGAAGCUAGAUGGUAACGGAGAGCAAGGGGAAGAGGUGGUGGGCAAGCUAGCUCUCAACGGAACCGUGUUGGCGGGCACGGCGCUGGUUAAGAGCCAGAGGGAGUGGGAUGCAUUGAGGAAGAACCCGAGCAGGGUGGGGGAGCUGUUGGGUGUAAUUGGGGUUCCUAAUGGGCCUGAGGUGGAGGAGAGGAGAAGGAGCCCGGAGAGGAAGGGGGUGUUGUGA